CCGAGUGCGCGAGCGCGGUGCCGUUCUGCGCGUGCUCCGCAGAGGGACGCGAGAAGGUUGGGUCCAGCUCUCCAAAGGGAUGCCUGAUUGGCUGGCGCUGAUCUGGGGGGUUCCCUAGCCCUUUCGGCAGGGGUAAAACAAUAAGAGGGGGCGGCGGCAAAGGGGGCGGGACGUCCGUGUUCUUGUAGCUCGUUGCAGCGCUAAGGCUCUGGGGAAGAGGUGGCGUUGAGGGGCCCGAGCUCGCAGCUCUCCGGAUUCCGAAGCCUCAGGCUUAUCGAGGGAGGAGAAUCUGCUGCGGCCGAUCCCGCGACACGCUUGACCUCCGCGCGACGUGCCCGCCGCCGCUGUUGGUUGGAGCAUUUGACAUUGUGCAGCAAAGAAAUGGUGAUGGAGAAGCCCAGUCCGCUGCUUGUGGGGCGGGAGUUUGUGAGGCAGUACUACACUCUGCUGAAUAAAGCUCCUGAGUACCUACACAGGUUUUAUGGCAGGAAUUCCUCCUAUGUUCAUGGUGGAGUGGAUGCCAGUGGAAAGCCCCAGGAAGCAGUUUAUGGCCAAAAUGAUAUACACCACAAAGUGUUAUCUCUGAACUUCAGUGAAUGUCAUACCAAAAUCCGGCAUGUGGAUGCUCAUGCAACCUUGAGUGAUGGCGUAGUUGUACAGGUGAUGGGCUUGCUGUCUAACAGUGGACAGCCCGAGAGGAAGUUUAUGCAAACCUUUGUUCUGGCUCCAGAAGGAUCUGUUCCAAAUAAAUUUUAUGUUCACAAUGAUAUGUUUCGUUACGAAGAUGAAGUGUUUGGUGAUUCUGAACCAGAACUUGAUGAAGAAUCAGAAGAUGAAGUAGAAGAGGAGCAAGAAGAAAGGCAGCCAUCUCCUGAACCUGUGCAAGAGAAUGCUAACAGCACCUACUAUGACGCCCACCCUGUGACUAAUGGCAUAGAGGAGCCUUUAGAAGAAUCCUCUCAUGACCCUGAACCUGAGCCAGAGUCUGAAACGAAGACUGAAGAGCUGAAACCGCAGGCGGAGGAGAAAAGCCUAGAAGAGCUGGAGGAGAAGUCCACCCCCCCUCCUCCCUCCGAGCCUGCUGCGCUCCCUCAGGAACCGCCAAAGGCUUUCUCCUGGGCUUCAGUGACCAGUAAAAACCUGCCUCCUAGUGGUACUGUUUCUUCCUCUGGAAUUCCACCCCAUGUUAAAGCACCAGUCUCACAGCCAAGGGUUGACGCUAAGCCAGAAGUUCAAUCUCAGCCACCAAGGGUGCGUGAACAACGACCUCGAGAACGACCUGGCUUCCCUCCUCGAGGACCAAGGCCAGGCAGAGGAGAUAUGGAGCAGAAUGAUUCUGAUAACCGGAGAAUAAUUCGUUACCCGGACAGUCAUCAGCUUUUCGUUGGUAACUUGCCUCAUGAUAUUGAUGAAAACGAAUUGAAAGAAUUCUUUAUGAGUUUUGGAAACGUUGUGGAACUUCGCAUCAAUACCAAGGGUGUUGGGGGAAAACUUCCAAAUUUUGGUUUUGUGGUUUUUGAUGACUCUGAACCAGUUCAGAGAAUCUUAAUUGCAAAACCGAUAAUGUUUCGAGGAGAAGUACGCUUAAAUGUGGAGGAGAAGAAGACCAGAGCUGCCAGAGAGCGAGAAACCAGAGGUGGCGGAGAGGACCGCAGGGACAUCAGGCGCAAUGACCGAGGUCCCGGUGGUCCACGUGGAAUUGUGGGUGGUGGAAUGAUGCGUGACCGUGAUGGAAGAGGACCGCCUCCACGAGGUGGCAUGGCACAGAAACUUGGUUCUGGCCGAGGAACCGGGCAAAUGGAGGGCCGCUUCACAGGACAGCGCCGUUGAAGCCCACUGUCGGCCAGGUUUUGGCAGUGGUACCUAACUCACCGUGUCUGCAUUCUUGUUCAGUUCUUUUGGCUUUGGAAUGUGACACAGCCUUUUUGAUCAUUUCUUUGAUGUGAAAAGCAUCUUUUGGUUAUCAGUUAAAUUGAAGUGGACAUUAUUCCCCCCAAUUUCACAACAGGAUUCAUAUUGUUAAUUUAUAAAUCUAGACUUGGAGAAUUAAGGACUGAGAAAUGACCAUAUCUAAAACUGUCUACAACAAAAUGAACUUAAAAGGACAUGCCCACUGAAUUCAGGUCAUUUGAGUUAAAAAAAAAAUCCUCUGCUGCACAUUUUGUUUAAGUGUUAACUGUUUCUGCUAUUAAUGUUGGAAACACAAAUAGUGCAAUUGGUGCAAUUGGAGAAUCUGGCCUUUUUUUCUUGGCUUCCCCCCAAUACCAACCAACAGAAACUUGUUAUGUAUUCAUCAAAAUGCACUAUCGGGUACUCUGAAGUCAUUAACAUUGACAUCUGCACCAGGAGGCGACAGGGAAAAACUCUUUCAUCAUCUUUUCCAGUAGAGAAUAGUUUGUGAAGUGAUGAGGGCAUUUUAUCUGCUUGCUGUGACCAGCGUGUGCACACACAAACCUUAACAAGACUGCAAAUAUUCCAGAAGGAAAUCAUUUAGUUAUGAACGAAAUAACAAAAAUGAGAACCUCAAAUGCUGUGGUCUUAAAUACUAGGCCAGAUUUAGUGGCUCCGUAUCUAAGUUUCCAACCUGCCCUCUUGAGUACAGGGAUGGCUGGCUGCUCAACACACUCCUCCCCUUCCCUUUCUUGAAGCUGUGGACAGUAAAAACUGUUUCCUGUAUUUUUGUUCUCUGGUAAUGUAAUAAGCAUGAUGGUGCCUUCUACAACACAUCAUUCCAGUCUGGCUGGUGAUCUGUGCAGUGUAGUUAUGAAUUGCUGUGCUGCGAAGCCAAAAAGCUGCAAAUGUUGAAGAAAAUCACUGAAGUAUAAAAAUUGCAGUAUCUUUAAAAUCAGUAAAAUGGAUGCUUAUUUAUCUUG